UAUCAACGUUCUAUGGCUACCAGUGUUCACCUCAACCGGCCAAUUCUCACCGCCGUCGGAAUUGAUUCCCGGCGUCAUGUUCCCACCCGUUUCCUCUCUCUUCCGAGCCGCAACUUAACACCCCGGCUGCGGCCAAUACUGAGUCUUGAAGUGGGCAAGGAAGUGGCAUCGACAUCAUCGUCGAAGGUUGACAUGGAAGAGCUCGUCGGGUUCUUAUACAAGGAUCUUCCUCACCUAUUCGACGACCAAGGAAUCGAUCCGACGGCUUAUGACGAGCAUGUCAAGUUCAGAGACCCCAUCACAAAGCACGACACCAUCUCCGGUUACAUCUUCAACAUUUCUCUCCUCAAGAAUCUCUUCACUCCUCUUUUUCAACUUCACUGGGCUAAACAGACAGGUCCAUAUGAGAUUACCACAAGAUGGACAAUGGUUAUGAAGUUCAUGCUUUUACCAUGGAAACCAGAGCUUGUCUUCACUGGAACAUCUAUCAUGGAAGUUAAUCCACAAACUAAGAAAUUUUGCAGCCAUCUGGACUUGUGGGAUUCUAUCAGUAACAAUGAUUACUUUUCUCUAGAAGGUCUUGUUGAUGUGUUUAAGCAGUUACGGAUAUAUAAAACGCCUGACUUGGAAACUCCAAAGUAUCAAAUACUGAAAAGAAGAGCAAACUAUGAGGUCAGAAAGUAUGAACCUUUCAUUGUGGUGGAGACAAACGGUGACAAGCUUUCUGGCUCUUCAGGUUUCAACAAUGUCGCUGGCUACAUUUUCGGAAAAAACUCAACGACAGAGAAAAUAUCAAUGACAACACCAGUGUUCACCCAAACAACAGAUGCUCAACUCUUUGCUGAUGUGUCAGUACAAAUUGUCAUUCCAUCAGGAAAAGAUCUCAGCAGCUUACCGGCGCCUAAUGAAGAAAAUAUCAAGUUGAAGCAGAUGGAAGGCGGUUUUGCUGCAGCAAUUAAAUUCAGUGGGAAACCGACAGAGGAUGUUGUCCGCGCAAAAGAGAUUGAGCUGAGGAACAGUCUGAGUAAAGAUGGUCUUAGAGCUAAGAAGGGUUGUAUGCUUGCUCGUUACAAUGAUCCAGGACGAACAUGGAACUUCAUAAUGAGGAACGAAGUUAUCAUAUGGCUUGAAGAUUUUAGUCUGGAUUAGCUCUCUGCUUGGCCAAAAAAACAUUACCAUAAGACAGUGUGUAGAGGUUUCAUCUUCUUAUUAGUUGUAAGAUUACCCCAUUCGGACGACAGAAAAGUUGUAUAGACAAAAACCGACAGGCUACAACGAUAAACUUGCUCAUUAUUUGUGGA